UAAUUUGGCUAUAAAUAUUCAUCUUGAGUUUCUUAUCUUUCCAAGUGUAUUUCCUUAUACUAAGUCUGUGUGACCAAAGUAAACUGCACAAAAGCUAGAAUGAAGUCAUCCACGGGAAUGGGGUGGCUGUUUCCUGUGCUUCUGCUCUUUCAUGUUUCAUUCUCCCAUUCCUGGUGUCACCCCCAUGACAACCUUGCAUUGCUUCACUUCAAGGCCUCCUUAACCAUUGAUGUUACUAAUAAUAAUAAUUAUUAUUACAAUGAUUAUUAUUGUCAUCGGGUUUAUCCAACAAUUGCAACAUGGGAAAAUGGAACAGAUUGCUGCUCUUGGUAUGGAGUGACCUGUCACCCCAUUUUUGGUUAUGUGACAGCCUUAGACCUCGCAUGUGGUGGGCUUCAGGGUAAAAUCAAUGCAAACAGUACCCUUUUCAGCCUUUCUCAUAUGCAAUCACUCAACCUUGCUUUCAAUGACUUCUCCAAAUCUCAAAUUCCAUCCACCAUAGGUGAGUUUGGAAGCCUCACACACCUCAACUUGUCUUGUUCAAACUUUGAAGGUGAAAUUCCUCCUGAAAUCUCACAUCUUUCCAAAUUACAAUCACUUGAUCUCUCUAUUGAUGAUGCGUUUCAGUUAAGAUGGGAAGAAGGCACAUGGAAGAGGAUGCUCCAAAAUGCAACCGAUUUAAGGGUGCUAUAUUUGAAAGGUACUGAUUUGUCAUCAACUUCAAUGAGGUCACUCAAUUUGUCUUCCUCCUUGAUCACUCUAAGUCUUACAGAAACAGGGCUAAAGGGAAAGUUGACCGAUGACAUUCUUUGUUUGCCAAAUCUGCAACACCUAUAUUUAUCAGAUAAUUUUUACCUUCAUGGCCAACUUCCGGAUCUGAGUUGUGCUUCCGCUUCUUUGAAUGUCUUAGAAAUCUCAUUUUGUGAACUCGAUGGGCCAAUCCCUGAUUCUUUCUCUAACCUUACACAUCUUACUUUAUUCGACCUCUCAAGCAACCACUUCAACGGUUCAAUUCCACCCUCUCUCUUAACCCUUCCACGUCUAAAUUCUCUGCUUCUCCAUUCCAAUCUUCUCAGUGGUAAAAUACCAAAUGUGUUUCAUCAGUCAAACAGGUUCCAGAAAUUGGAUUUGAAUAGUAACAAUAUCCAAGGUGAACUGCCAUCAACAUUUUCAAAUCUUCAACACCUCAUUUACUUGGAUAUAGCAGAUAACAAAUUAGAGGGACCUCUGCCCAACAAAAUAACUGGAUUUUCAGAUCUAACAUGGUUAAUAUUGAACGACAACUUGAUAAAUGGUACAAUUCCUUCUUGGUGUUUCUCUUUGCCAUCGUUGGAGCAUUUACGUCUAUCGAGAAAUCAGUUCACGGGGCGUAUACCUGCAAUUUCGUCGUAUUCCUUGCGGGAUCUGUUUUUGGAUGGCAACAAGCUACAAGGCAAUAUUUCAGAAUCAGUUUUUAACCUUGUCAACCUUACUCACUUACAGCUGUCAUCGAACAACUUCAGUGGUUCUGUCAAUUUUUCUCUCUUCUCGAAGUUCCAAAACCUGUAUAUUCUUGAACUUUCAAAUUUAGGCCAAUUAUCAUUAAACUUUGAAUCAAGCGUCAAUUAUAGUUUCCCCCGCUUACUUGAGUUGGACUUGUCUUCUAUGGGUUUAACCGAAUUUCCAAAAUUAUCCAGAAAAAUCCCAGUUUUGCAAACUCUCCUAUUGUCCGACAACAAGUUGAACGGAAAAGUGCCCAAUUGGUUGCAUGAAAUGGAUUCUUUAUUUUAUGUACUCCUAGACCGAAACUUUUUGACAACAGGAGUGAACCAAUUCUCUAGGAACUACCAACUCAGCCAUCUUGAUGUAAGUUUCAAUUUACUCACUGGUGGUAUCUCUUUGUCAAUUUGUAAUGCAAGUAACCUUCGGGUUCUCGAUUUGUCCAACAACAAGUUGACAGGCAGCAUUCCACAAUGCCUUGGGAGUUUACCGUUCCUUUCCGUUUUGAGUCUAGAAAGUAACAGACUUAAUGGAACUUUACCAAAUACCUUUGCAAAGAACAGACUCAUUAGUCUGCGACUCAAUGACAACCGAUUGGAAGGUCUUUUGCCAGAAUCUUUGUCCAACUGCAUGCAACUGGCGGUUAUAAAUCUUGGCAACAAUCAACUGGAAGAUACAUUUCCCCAUUGGCUUCAAACUCUACCAAAUUUGAAAGUAUUGGUCUUGCGGGAUAACAAGUUGCACGGUCUAAUUUCCAAAUUCAAGACCAAGUAUGGAUUUCCCAGUUUAAAUAUUUUUGAUAUCUCAUCCAACAACUUCAGCGGCACAAUUCCGGAAGACUUCAUACAAAGUUUUGAAUCCAUGAAAAAUGUUGUUCAAUAUGAGGUGUUUGGCAAUCGACAACUAUACAUGCAAUGGCUAUACAGAAUUUCACCUGUCACUGUAACAACAAAAGGCACGAUUUUGCUAUUCAAAAGAAUUCCAAUAAACUUUGCGAGCAUUGAUUUAUCAGGAAACAAAUUUGAAGGAGAGAUUCCAAAUGUAAUUGGAGAGCUUCAAGUACUCAGAGCACUCAACCUCUCCCACAACAAACUCUGUGGUACAAUUCCCCAAUCCAUGGGAAAUUUGACAGUAUUGGAGUCUUUGGAUCUCUCUUCAAAUAUGCUCACUGGUAGUAUUCCUACAGAAUUCUUGAAUAUGAACUUUCUUGAAGUCCUGAAUCUUUCCUAUAAUCAUCUUGUGGGAGAAAUACCCAUGGGAAAGCAAUUUGGUUCUUUUUCGAAUGAUUCCUAUAAGGGAAACUUGGGCUUAUGUGGAGAUCCAUUGUCGAUGAAAUGCAGCCAGAACGAUGAUGAACAUCCUCCACCCUCACAAAGCUUGUGGAAAGAAGAGAAAUUUGGAUUUGAUUGGAAACCAGUGGCUAUAGGAUAUGGGUGUGGAACGGUAUUUGGAGUGGGGAUUGGAAGUCUGGUAUUUUUCAUUGGAAAGCCUAAAUUGCUUGUGAGAAUGUUUGGGGGUUAACUUGAUUAGAAGCUGAAAUUGAACACUGUGUUGAGGACAAAAAAAUGAAUCAGCUCAUGCAAAUGUGAUGUUUUCUUUUCCAUGUCUUAAGCAAAUGUGAUGUUUUCUUUUCCA